GCCGCCCCCCGCCUACCCGCCCGCCGGACAAAGCCCGAGAGCCCGCGCGCAGAGCCAUGUCCUCGUCCGCCGGCAGCGGCCACCAGCCCAGCCAGAGCCGCGCCAUCCCCACCCGCACCGUGCCCAUCAGCGACGCCGCGCAGCUACCUCAUGACUAUUGCACCACGCCCGGGGGGACGCUCUUCUCCACCACGCCGGGAGGAACCCGAAUCAUUUAUGAUCGAAAGUUUCUGUUGGAUCGUCGCAAUUCUCCUAUGGCUCAGACCCCGCCCUGCCAUCUGCCCAAUAUCCCAGGGGUCACCAGCCCUGGCACCUUAAUCGAAGAUUCCAAAGUAGAAGUAAACAAUUUGAACAACUUGAACAAUCAUGACAGGAAGCAUGCAGUUGGGGAUGAUGCUCAGUUUGAGAUGGACAUCUGACCGUCCUGCAGGAGCAGCAGGAAAGCAGCAGUGCCGAGGCUGUGUCCACUGGAUUGGGCCCAUCGGAUCAACAGUGAACGGACAGAGGGGCAGCCAGCAGUCCCAUUGCAGCCCCCGAGAGCUCCUCUUCCUUCCUCUGGGUGCCAAAUGAUGCAAAGAUGAGCUUCAUCUGACCAUUUCCCCUCCCUGUUACCUGUCCCCCUUCCCAGUUACACAGAGUCGAUCCAAGAUCCUUGGCAUAUUUCCGUAGACCUAAGCAGCCCACAGAGGAAAGCAGUUAAACUCUGGCUUCCGUAGUCAUUUUACAGUUGAGAAAAUCUGUCCUCCCGCCCACUCCCCAUUUUUUAAAAAACCCCAAAUCAAAUACCAACCUGCCAAUAAUUGCCUGGCUGGCAAGUCUGGGGAAGUGACACCAAGGUGUGGUGGGUUCAGCAUUGUCCGACCCUCUUGUCUGCCCUCCCUGUCUCCCACCUGUGGUUCAGAGCUGCAAGAGGCUGGGUGUCGGGUCUUCACAGCCGUCAGAGGGCAAUGGUAAUGGAGAGGAGAGCCACUCUCCCUCGUACCCUGAGCUGUUUGUCCUUCGGGCCAGAAUGCAGUUUGUACAGCUCUGCUAGCGUCACCCUGCGGCGUUUUCUGAGGUCAACUUCCCCACCUUCCUCCGGCAGGGGUGUCUUCUGUCUUUGAUAUUCCAACGCCGCUUCCCAGUCCUUCACUUAGCACAUCUGUGCAGAAAGGUGUGAGCCCCACCUGAGGGGGGAGUCCUUGGGAGGCAGCAGGGCUCUCCCCUCCUCCUUCCUCCCUGCUAGCGCCCCGUUGCCCGCCGCCAUUCCCUUGUAUCUGAGCCACCGGGGUGAUUCUGCCGCUCCCCGCUCCCGCAACAGGCCCAUUCAAGCGACAGGCACUUGGGGGGAGACCUGGUCAUAGUGUUCUGCCGGGUGACCCCGAGAAUGACCUGGGGAGCGUGCAGAACCAGGUGGGUACUCAGACUCAGUAGUCCUUGCUUUCUAGUCCACCGAGCUUUGGGAUAUUCAUUGUCUCUGAUUGCAGUGUCUUAUGGUUUGAGUUUAAAAGGUGACUUUCAGAAUGCUCUUAGAAAAGAACCAGACUUUUUUCCUUUUAGACCUGCUGCGGCUCCUGGGAUAGAUAAGCAUGGGCUCGGAAGUGGGUUCUCCCCAUUGUCUGGCCUUCCCCAUCGUACUCGUCCGUCUCCCAGCGUCCGUCCCUCCGUCCCUCCCUCCCACCCGUCUCUCUGCCAGGCCAUUUUUCACAUACACAUCAAAGAUACCUCAAGUGUUGGUAUCUGAUAAUAUCUCACUCCUCUUAUGUGAGGAGUGAUCUUUUAUUUUUAAGAUGACUACAGACCUAUUUUUAGAUAUGUUUUCAAUACAAUUUUGAGCAGCAACUUUUUAAUUACACAUCUUCCGGUGUUAGGAAGGUGAGAAAUGUCCGUGGGCGAGUCUGCUGUUCCCUGUCACCAUCCUUCGUCUCCCCAAGUCCCUGACGAGCUCUUGGCUUCUCCCUCUAGUUUUGGGUGUGCAUGUUUGCAGUUUGUAGUGGGUGGUGUGUCAAACUGGACCAUUCUGCCUUGCCGUGGCUUGUUUACGAGCGCCUCGUUCUUUCCCUCCCCGUUUGCUUUUUCAUGUGCCCCCUCACCCUCCGCGACUAUUGACUGGCACAAUAAUCCCGGGAGAGUGACCCCCUCGUAGAAAGACUAACACCUCUGUCCUCAUAGAACGACAAGUAAAGUAGCCGCUGGUGUCCUGGGAAUUUCUGGUCGCAUUUGGUGCCCUGAACCCUCUCAUUAAGAGACCACAUCCCAGGGUGAGAGUAACAGGCCAACUGGCUAAGAAAGCAAGCUGUUUGUUUUUCUUUUGAACUAUGAAAAGACCCUGUUUAUGAACACAUUUUAGACAGAAGAGAGGAAGGCUGUCCGAGGAACUUUGUUCUGUUUUCUACUACAAAAUGUGAAUAGUUCAAAGAGUGAACCUUCUGUGAUGGUUGAUGUUUCUCAGGAAUAAGCUGGAUCUCCAAAAUUUGGGGGAUGCUUUCAGUCUCAAAAAUUGAUGAUCAAAAAAAGUAUUUUCUUGUUUGUUUGUGUAAUGUAUCUCUGUUCUGAUUUUAAUUAAACUCCCAAAUUUUGCUUUCUGUACUCUUGGAAAAAGUUCAGUUGCACCGUCAUUUGCAUGAGAAGCUUGCUCAGGACCCCUUUGUCUCCUGGGAGCUUGAUUCUUUGGGCAUGAAACUUCUCGUUCUUCAUAGCUGGCUUUGGCAUUCGUGGAACCUGGUUCCAACUCCAGGUAGUCGGGCAGUGAGCAGAAGAGCGCCCCUUCUUGAUCUUUGUUGCCACACUUGAAAACCUGGCCUUCUCGCUGAGCGGCGGGGAAUGGAUUUAGAACAUGCCAGCUUGAAUGAUGUCAGGGCGCCAUUUUCCCCUGUUCUACCAUCUUGGGAAAUCUCUGCACACGGUUCCCUAAUCGUAGGCCAUUUUUCUCGUUUUUGCAGGGAGGGUCAGCCGCAUGAUACAGCAGCGGCCUGCUCCUUCAGCCUUCUCUGCAAGGCCCUCCUUACUGGUUGCUGUCCUUCUUUCCUGGAGGCCACUGCUGUGAGAGUUACUUUGACCUCCAUGAACCUGGAUUUUAGAGAUCGUUUCACAAGGCAAUGGAUUAACUUGUAACAGAUGACACCUCUGUGCCGUGCCUCACGAAUGAUUUUUUCAGGGCGCGCCGGAUCCCAGAAGAAUGAACAAUCUCUCCUGGCUUUCUUUUGGGGAGGGAGAACCCUUAGGGGACCAUCUGAGUGAGAUGGUUCUUAAAAUCAGUGAUCAUUUGCUCUGUUUAUGAGGAAACCAUGUUUCUGAACCUCUGAGGACAGUCCAUCUUAGUGAGAAAUGACCUUGUCCUUCCAAAUUCCAGCAGGAGACAUGCGUUGUCUUGGUCUGUCUGUACAGUAUGGUUUGCUGAGACCACCACGUCUUCGUGUUCUGUUUAAAUAGCUGAACGUCGUCAGGAGCACCCUGUCAAGCAGCUGGCUUCUUGGUAUUGGGCUGUCAAGCCCAGAAUUCUGUCGUCCCACCUGUAUUAAGUUAUCUUUUGCUGUGUGACAGAUGACCCCCAAACUAAAUCUUGAAAGAGCAAAUGUUUUCUGUCCGCUUCUGGAGGUUAGGAAUCGGGAAGCAGCUUAGCAUGAUAGGUCCGGCACGGGGUCACCGGAAGUUGCCAUCAGGACGUCGGCAGGGCCUGCAGUCGUCUAGCUAGGGCUGGAGGAUCCACGUCUGCGCGCACUCUCCGGGACCUGUUGGUGCAUUCUCUGCAUGCGGGUCUCUGUAGAGCAGCGCGAGCGUCCUCACACCAGCACAGCGGGCUCCCCCCUGAGCAGGUGACCCCAGGCAGAGGGCAAGAAGGAGUCUGCAGUGCCUUCCAUGACGACCUCUGAAAGCACACACCAUCACCUCUUCCCUAUUGUGUCUCUUAGAAGCCAGCUCCUAAGGCCGGCCGACACACAGGGGAGGGCAGUGACACCCACCUCUGAGUGGAGCAGUGUCAAGGAAUGUGAGGAUCUAUCUUAGAAUCACCUCACCCCCAACAGAGGAUAAAGUCAGUCCAACAGGGGGUAGGUUAAACUUAGAUAACACAGAGAUGUUGCUACUGCAUCUCCAAACUGAAUAGAGGACAGACACUCUUCUCUUUCCCCAAAGUCAGCUGCUGGUUUGGAGAGCGGUGGCAAGAACUGAGGAUUCCCAAGAGAAUAAAAAGAGCUCUACCUUUGCCUGGCUACCAGCUGUGCAAGGAUGCCUCGGGGCGAGUCCCAGGCUGUGUGUGUCCCGGAGACUCAGCACCACGUCUUUGCAUCUCCCUGAGCCGGGAACUGAAAGGGAAGUGGAUCCUUCUAACUGAGCCACUAAAGCGGACUUAAUUGGAGUCAGGGUUGUUAAGGCAAAGGAAGAAAUGUGAAUGGGGUGUUGGGUUACCCGGCUGAGUAAAAGCUUCACGGUUCAGAUUCAGGGUGAAGUAGAUGAUCGCAUCUGGAAGCCCGGCCCCUGUCAGAGUCGGUGUUGGUACCUGGUCUCUGCAGCCCUGCCAGCUGAAACAGGUUUGGGUCGGGUCUCUCACCCACGAAGCCGCUUCUCAAUUCAGUAGGGAACAUCUGGGAAUUAGAAAUGUCUGUCGGUGCGUGAUGGCGCCUCUAAAUCCAGUGUGUAUCUUAACUGGGUGCCCACCUCAGCCCGAGCUUCCUGAUGGAGAUGUGUUCUUAAAGAGAACCGGUCCUGGCUUCACCCUUGACGGAAACUUAGAUGAGCCUGGUCAGUCGAACACAGUCCUAGGGAACAUCUGCUGGGCGCCUGGCACCCACGCCCAGCCACGUUUUAGAGGCUUGAGACAUCUUCAAGAUACAAAUUCCUGUCCGGCUUUAUGCUCUGCCUCUUCUCUGUGGCCCUGCUUGGUGGAGCGUGCCCUUGACUAAGAAGCGUGGCUGCUGAGGCAUCCAUAAGAACAAGGGCACUUCCUCCACGAGUAAGGACUCCUCUUCACAGCACUUUACCAUGACUUGUCUUUUUCCUUCUGCUUUUGAGGCAGAGUCACAAUAGAUGGUCUUUUGUUUUGUGUUUGGGCCCCCAGCUCUUUGGGACCGUCUGACCGCUUGGGUUCGGACAGCCUCAGAGCCCGCUGUUCAGCCAGCGCACGCUGCGCACCUGCGUGCAAUCAAGGCAGCUGGUGUGAGGGCCUCAUUGUGCUGCAGCAGGAUCCCAGAAACAGACUCUUUACUCUUUCUCCCCUUCUUGGGUAUUCGAUGGCGUGUCAAGCAUCUUGGCUGCUUGAAGCCAGGGCCCCGGGCCCUUUGAGUUCUCCUGCAGAGAGGCGGUCCACUGCCUCGCCAUCUGGGCCAGAACUUGCCGGUCGAGGCAUGUUCCUGGACAACGGGCGUAUAGCAGCUGUGUAUUAAUCUGCGAAACCCAAUCACUUAUCCACCCAGGACAUCUGGGACCGGGUAAUCAUUUUAAGGAAGCAUGGUUUCUUUGGGAGGGCAGUUUCUGUCUGGACUUCAAAAGGGGUGUGGUUACCGUGUUCUAACCUCUCAGCUUUUAAUAAAGGAUGAAAUCAGAUCUUGAGGCAACUGGGUCACAGUUCUUUUGAAUGCUUAUUCCCCAGGGGCAUUUCCUGUUCUAGUAAGGAUUUUCCAGUUUAGCACUGAGGUUUCCUUGAGGCUAGCUCAGGAAUUUCUUGCAGAAGACUAAGGAGAUGGUACAAACUUAUUUUUUCAAGCAAUCAUUCAUGUCUCCUUUCCCACCUUCUGGAAUUUAAAUUUCAUUCUCUGGGCUGGUCCGAGAAGUGAAUACCUUGUGGCAAAACUAGAUUUAAGAGGUCUCGUGAGUUCCUAUUCAGAUGGUCUGUGGUUUCUCUUUGCUUAACCUCUGCCUGCAGCCUGGACUGACCACACAGUAUGGAUGGCCAGGGGGAAAUACUGCUGAGGUGAAACACAGUUCCCGGGGUACUUAAAUUCUUACUCUGCCACCUUUCUAAGUGUAGGGGCCUGACCGAUGCUGCAAUGCUUGAUAAUCAUGUGGCCACCCCGAAAUUUCCAAAGGGAGCUCUCGCCGGUGCUUACCCCCCAAAUUCCUGGACGCUUCUAACAGAGAGAGUUCCAUGAAUCUAGCCCAGAAUAGCCAGUCUUGCCCCCGGUGUAUAACCUUCCUCUCCACCUUAAUCUUUAAAAACAAAAAACUAAGCCCAGGCCAAGGGUAAUUUUUACUUGAAACCAGGAGGGUGGGGAGGAACACGAGCUAAGGACGAGUUGUCCGAGUAAGCCAUCUGCUCCUGGUGGCCGUGGCCAAACCGCUGAGUCCCAUGAGCCAGUGCCUUUCCCUCCCCCAAAGAGGGAGCCCACCUCUUCCCACCUGGGUACCCCGGGGGCAAGCCUCAAAGGAGGCAUCGUGGAGAGCCCAGAGGACACUCACAUGCCUAGGGGUCCAUUUUAAGCAUCUUUUAAGAUAUUUUCUAUAGAAAACAAAUGCCCUUCCCUGUCUUCGUGCCACCAGUGGCCCAGUUCCAUCCACUGAACGGAAAAGUGGAGACUGCCGUUACUUCCUUGGUUUUCCCUUCGUCCCCUUAGACGUGGUCGCCCCCCGCCCCUCCCGUCCAUUUCACCGUCGUGGAUGGAGAGCGGAGGACACCAUGCGGUCUUGAGGCAGUCCUGUGUGAGUCCGUGAUCACUUUUGUUGGUGUUUGUUUGUUUGGUUUUUUUUUUUUUUUUUGGUAACUGUCCUAAACCAGCAGGUGUUUGGAAAUUAGGGAAAAAUUAAAUUCUCACCAAUGGUUGCUGUUACAGUUAAAUCAAUAAAGAUCUUGAGUAUCAA